UCGUACCGAGCAGCAGCUGAUACCACAUCACCGUUGUUCUCUACCGUUCAACCGUGUUUUUGCUUGAUUUUAUUGGUUUUUUUCUGUACACCGUUUUCCUUUUGUUUUACUCAAAACCGUUUUGUAUUAGAGCAAUAAUCACAUUCGACCGUUCCGAGUUUUACUGUACAGUCCACAACACUGAACCGACCGACUACCAGAGCGACCGAUAUAAAAAUGAAAAUCUUUUGUGUAUUAGUAACUUUUCUAUUCCUUGUGGAUAUUUUCGCAAAUGUCUAUGAUGAUUACUUGUAUAGUAUUUACAUAACAACUGGAGCCAUCAAACAAGCUUCUACUCUAAAUGAUUUAAUUGUAGGAAAUAGAGCUAGAAAAAAUCGAUUGGAGCAUCUGAUCGAAACAUUGGUUGAUAAUUCUUAUAACGGCCUAGACUACAAGGACUUCUGCAAAAUUAAUUUUUUGAUCGCUGUACCGGAUCGAACAGAUAUUGUCUCGGAAAUAGCGGAUGAAAUAGACAAAGAGGAAUUAGAAAAAGCCAUUUAUUACCUUCGAAAUCUGAUACAAGACAUAGAAAGUAUAAUUGGAUGUGUAUUUGCUGUAAUUAAACAAGAUUUGGGAACACCAAACGAACUUGCAAGCGAACGGAGAGAUUUUGUUGUUCCUGCUAUAAUAAGGAUAAUGAGACGUCGUUUAUCAGAUGGAACUUUGAAUAAUGAAGCCUAUUUAUUACCUCAAUGUCGUUUGCUAGGAUUAUACUUGAGUACACAAUUACCACGUUCAUACAUAAAAGAAGUUGAGAUUGACUUAACUUACCGUAAAUGUAUCUUAAUCGAUAAUAAUGAAGGCAAAAUGAGAUUGGACGUCUACGAUUCCACCCACAUCGAACAUUUUGAACGUCUACCAUUAUAAUUUAAAACCUGUAUAUGUUAGAAAAACACUGGCAUCUAUAUUCUGUUCAUUCCAUGUUAUAUUAUAAUUUAUCUUAUUAUUAUCACUAUAUGCAAUAUAAAAUUGUAAAAUAUUAUACAUAUAUACGCUGGCGGAUAAUGAACCGUCGGUGGAUUUUCUCAAUAGCAUAUUCCACAUAAUACAAUUUUUGUAAUGUCUAUUUCUGUUUUAUUUCAU